UCUGAGCAUUUCUCUCAGAGGAUCUGCAGAAUAAUGGAGUCACAUCAUGCAGCAGGUCUCGGUGUUUUCAGCAGAGCUUUCAGACUGGAGCUCAUUUAAACCAGGGAUCUGUAAUUUACUGUGAAGUUUUCUCUUCUUUUUUUUAAUUCACAGCACAAGGACUUCUUUCAUACGUUUUUCUGCGUCAUGUCUUUUUAUGUCGUCUGACUUUUUCCGUGUUUUGAUGUUUAUAUGAGGGGGAUUAACAGGCCCACCAUGGUUUUUCCAGCAUAAAUCAACAGUAUCUGGCUACGUUUUAGUGCAGACUGCUUUCUGUUUACAUAUAACGGGGAAUGAGAGGACCUCAUUGGGUGUGUUUUUUAAAGCUGUAACUAGAUUUUCUGAAAGCGGGUAUAUGGGCCGGUUUUUGCUCCACAGAUGGGGGGUUCGGAGGUGAAAGCACGGGAGCCGCGCUGCUUCAGAUAAAGUGAGCAGCUCAGGUUUUUGUUUGGAGGAUUUGCGACAUGGGCUGAGCUCCUGUGAUGACUCUUUUCUCCUAAAAGCUGUAGAAUUAUCCGAGGAUGGACGACGGAAAAUGGAGACUGCUAAAAUGAAUGUGUCGGUUAAUUAAUUGUAAUUAAAUAUCUUCACUUUUACACGCAGAAAGUGCGCACGCACCGGACAAACCCGGAGCUUUUGAGCGCACCGGAUUGGAAUUCAGGUGUCAGCCAAACUUCCAAUCACUAAAUGUGAGGUUGUUAGAGUGGAGCUUGGUUGUAGUGUGAUGUCAUUUGGCGUGUGGAAGCAGUUGUACGGAUCCGCGUGUUGUUGUUUUUUAAUUCAACAACUUCAGUGUAGACUCUAAAGAAUAAAUGGCAAUUCGUUUUUAUGUGUCUGGCGCGUGUAUGAACGACGUUAUAGAAUAACCGUAGCAGAAUAAGUGUGAAGUCAGCAGAUGUGUUUUUUCUUUCCACAGAAAGUGGUUUUGACCAAAAUAGCCUGUUAGAAUUGGAUAUUGUUUGUGCUUUAUUUUUAUUCCAAUAGUUUUGGAGACAUUGGUUUAACCCUCAGUUUUAUGUUUUAAACCACUUUACGCACAUAUUUCUUCAUUCUUGGUUUUUGAGACUCCGCUUUAGUGACACUCUCCCACACUGACCGCAACCGUUUCAGCUGGAUUUUCUCCACGGCCGUUCAGAGAAUCUCUGUCCCUCCGUCUCCUCCCCGGACAAUGUGGCUGCUCCGCCUCUCGCUGCUGCUGCUCCUGCUCCGGUUCUCCGGUGUGUUGCUGGUGGAGGGGUUCAACACGUGCCACUCCAUCAACCUGGACGCGCAGAAGUCCCGGCGCAUCGAGGCGGUCCGCGGACAGAUCCUGAGUAAGCUCCGCAUCCGCAGCCCGCCGGAGAAGGACGAGGCCCCGCCGCCUGGCUCGGUGCCCCCGGAGGUCAUGCUGCUCUACAACAGCACGCGGGAGUUGCUGAAGGAGCGCGCGCGUCUGGCCGAGUCCGCGUGCGAGCGCGAAAGCAGCGAAGAGGACUAUUAUGCAAAAGAGGUGCAAAGGAUUGACAUGCUGCCCCCCCGCACCGACACAAAUGCCGUACAGCCAGCAGCUCCCAACCCCCAUUACAGAGUCGUCCACUUCGACGUCAGUGGAGUGGACCUGACCAACAGCACCCUGGUCAAGGCUGAGUUCAGGAUCUUCAGAGCUCCCAACCCGCAGGCCCGGGCCUCAGAGCAGAGAGUGGAGAUCUAUCAGCUGCUGAAGCCAGAUAAAGAGAGUACCUCCACUCAGCGUUAUAUUGACUCCCGCACUGUUCAGCCGAAGGCAAAGGGAGCUUGGAUCUCUGUGGAUGUCACCGAAACCAUUAAGGACUGGAUAUCAGAUCCAGAGAACAAUCUUGGCUUGAAGUUGGGCGUCCACUGUCCCUGCUGCACUUUUGUCCCGUCCACUAACAACAUCGUUCCCAACAAGAGUGAGGAGCUGGAAGCUCUCUUUGCAGGUGUGGAUGAUGAGCAGCUUCGUCAGAUCAGAAAGCCCGGUCAGGUUAAAGGCCAGGCAGAUUUCAGCACUAAGACGCCGCACCUCAUCCUCACCGUGCUGCCCAGUGACCGAGUGGACAACCCGGUCAAGAAGAACCGCAAGAAGAGGGCGGCCGCCACAGACACCACAACCUGCUCCCGCGGUUCAGACCAGGGCUGCUGCCUGCGCUCGCUCUACAUCGACUUCAGGCGGGACCUCAACUGGAAGUGGAUCCAUGAGCCCAAAGGUUACAAAGCCAACUUCUGUGCCGGCAGCUGUCCUUACCUCUGGAGUGCCAACAACCACUAUAACUUGAUUCUGCCCCUGUACAACAAGCUGAACCCUGAGGCCUCGGCCUCGCCCUGCUGCGUUCCUCAGGACCUGGAGCCCCUCACCAUUAUGUACUUCAUAGGCCGCACACCACGCGUUGAGCAACUCUCCAAUAUGGUCGUCAAAUCCUGCAAGUGCCGCUGAGUUCAGAGGAAGAGGCAUGAAAACUUGUUCAUUCUCUGGACCUUUCCGUUUGAUAUAGGAAACUGUAAAUAUGACAACAUAACUGUAUUAAACCUGUACUUGGAUAUUAAAGGGGUGUUGUGUGAUUUGGC